CCCAACAAAGAAGAAAAGAAGUACACAAAGUUAUAAUAUUCGGAUGUUUUUUUUUGAAAAAAUUAAGUGGAACAUAAGGAUGAUCAAUGCAAGUGCUUUCUCACAGUAUAAAAUACUGUGUGUUGGACAUGCUUGUAUUGACAUGAUCAACAUGUGUGCAAGCUACCCGGAAGAAGACAGCAAAGUUGGUAAUUCAACAAAGAUUAACAGAUGCCUGGAUCAGCAUUGGCAGCGAGGUGGUAACGCUUCCAACAGUUGUACUGUCCUGGGGCUCCUCGGGGCUAAACCCACAUUUUUUGGCACCAUCGCUGACUCCCAUGAGAAGAGAUUCCUCCUUGAAGAUUUUGCCAAGUUUGAUGUAAACACAGAUUAUGCAGUUAUUCAUGAAGGUUGUGACAGCCCAGCAUCCUGCAUUAUUCUCAGUGCUGCAACUGGCUCACGCACCAUUGUGCAUUCCAAUAAGAAUCUUCCUGAGCUUUCUGUGGAAGAUUUUAACAAGAUUGACUUAUCAGCAUUCCAAUGGGUUCAUUUUGAGGGACGAAAUGUUACAAAUAUUACAAAAAUGAUUGAACAUAUAAGAGAGUACAAUAAAAGCCACCAGGAUGGAAGCUCUAUCACUAUUUCCGUUGAGAUAGAAAAUGCAAAACAUGAGCUUGAGUCACUCAUUCCCUUGCCUGAUGUACUCUUUGUUUCCAAGGAUUAUGCCAUGUUUAAAGGAUACACCAAUAAGGAAGAAACAGUUGAGAAAAUCCAGGCUCAAACUAUCCCUGGGUGCCUUGUGAUAUGUCCAUGGGGAGAAGAUGGAGCAAGUGCAAGCAGCAGUGAUGGGCAACUAGUGCACAGUUCUGCUUUUCCUCCAUCACAAGUGGUAGACACCUUAGGAGCUGGUGAUACUUUCAUUGCUGCUACUAUAUUUUCACUAGCAAGUGGAUGCACAUUAAAAGAUAGCAUUACUUUUGGGUGCCGAAUUGCAGGGUUGAAAGUAGGUGUUAUAGGAUGGGAACCACUAAGAAAAAUGGCAAAGGAUGGAGCUUUCUCUCUUAUAUCAGAAAAUUCCAGUGAAAAGAAAGCUGUUGUUAUCAGAGCCACCUGAUAUAUAGAGAAUAUUGCUGUGGGUGGAAUUGAGGGUCAGGUUGAAGGUGUUGUGUGUGCUGCAUGGGUGUAUUUAUUAGUUCUUCUUGUUAUAUGGCAAUUAAUUUUCACAGAUAAUGAAGAGAAUGAGUUGCUCUGAUGAAUGUUGCAACAGUAGUUGACUAAUAUGAUCAUUGGUGUUUCUUUGUUAAGUCAUUUUGAAAUUGUCUGCAGUGCACAUCAUUAUGCUUUUGUUACUUGCUUUAAUUUAAAAAUUUUCUAAUAUUUUGAUCAGUUACAUUAUUUUAUAUCUCAUCACUUUUUUUUUAUUCAGGGUAUCUGAAACCUUGAAUGUAAUCAAAAAUUUAUUUCCCAGUAAUAGACUAGAAGCUUGUAAUCUAAGCCUGAAAAAAUUUUCUUAACACACUGGCUGUCUCCCACCAAGGCAUAGUGACCCAAAAAAAAAAAGAAACAUUUUCAUGAAGUUUUUUAUUUUACAUUUAGUAAUUUUUACAGGAUAAGGGGUUACUAGCCCCUUGCCCCCAGCAUUUUAGUCGCUUUUUAUGACACGCAUGGCUCACAGGGGAAGGAUUCUUCUCUACUUUCCCAUGCAGAAGGCCAGUAUUAUAUUUAAAGUUAAAAAAUCUAAAUUCAUUGGUGAAGUUAUCCAGAUACUACAAAUUAUAUGCUGACAUAGAUUAGGAACCCACACUCUAGUCUGAACUCAAAGGUCAAAGGGUAUUUGUAUGUUGUGUAGUAGUAUCUUGCAUUCACAAAACAUUGGAAACACUUUUCUCAGUCACCACAAAGUUGGAUACAACUAAUAGAGUGUAACAACCCACAAGAGAGCCUAUGGCUUUUUGCUCAUAAAAGUGCCAAAGAAUAAAGGGCAAUGUCAGAUAGCCAGUUUAUCCCAUGUGAAACUUUGUUAACCAGUGAUCAUUAAAUUUAAUACGUAUACGUAGUAUAGCUUGGCAUCCGAAAACCAUACUUGUGUAUAAUACUUUGAUAAAAGAUCGUAGGCGUUGGUGAUCUGUCACAUGUGCACCCUGACGCUGUGGUUAUUGCUUUAGCUGUGUGGAAGCCUCCACUAAUCAUGCUUUUCUUCUAGGAUUCAUGGUUUAACUUUCUCCUCUUGUGCUCCUUUUCAGAGACAAUAAGGUGAAAGAUUUAUCAUACUUUGGCUUGUGGCCACUGCAUUUAUAAGUUUAUUCCAUAUUUUUUCUUGAGCUAUGGCAUGAAAAAAUAAUAAUACAGGAGGGUCCCACUUUACAGUGUUUUGCUAAUACAGUGGGUUCCAAUUAUGCCCAUUCUUCAUUUGCUCAGACUUCUUACAAAAUAUAUAUUCACCACUCACUUUAAGCUAAGGAUAAAAAUAUUUUGAAGUAAGUAAUGUGUGUAGUGUAUAUGUAUUUUUUAGGCCUAGCCCUAUUGCUCACUUAAUUUUUUUUUUCAACAUGCUGGCCAUCUCCCACUGAGGCAGGGUGACCCAGAAAAGAAAAAAACACUUUCACUAUCAUUCACACAAAAGUACUGUCUUUGCAGAGGUGCACAGAUACAACAGUGCCAAUGUCACUCCAAACAGCAAAUAUCCCAAACCCCAGGACUCAAGUCUGGUUAGCUGGUUUCCCUGAAUCUCUUCACAAAAUAUAACCCUGCUCACACUCCAACAGCUCAUCAAGUCCCGAAAACCAUUCGUCUCCACUCACUCCUAUCUAACACUCUCACAUAUGCCUGCUGUAUGUUCAAGCCCCUUGCACACAAAACUUCUCUUACCCUCUCCCUCCAUCCUUUCCUACCCUCUUUCUUCCCUCCACUACAGAUAUAUAUAUAUACACCCUCCAAGUCAUCCUGUUUUGCUUCAUCCUCUCUAAACAACCAAACCGCCUCAACAACCCCUCCUCAGCCCUCCUGAUUUCCAUACUACGAAUUCUUUGCAUAAUAUUCAUGCUACACAUUGCCCUUAAACACAGCAUCCCCAUUGCCUCCAGCUUCCUUUUUGAUGCAACAUUCACAGCCCAUGCUUCACACCCAUAUAAGAGUGUUGGUACCACUAUACUCUCAUACAUUCCUUUCUUUGCCUCCAUGGAUAAUGUUCUUUGUCUCCACAGAUACCUCAGUGCACCACCCACCGUUUUUCCUUCAUCAGUUCUGUGGUUUACCUAGUCCUUCAUAAACCCAUCCACCGACAAGCCUACUCCCAAAUAUCUGAACACAUCCACUUCUUCCAUACUCUCUCCCUCCAAUCUGAUAUCAAAUUUUUCUUUAUCUAGAUUGUUUGAUACCCUCAUCACUUUACUCUUAUCUAUGUUCACUUUCAGCUUUCUUUAAACACCCUCCCAAACUCACCCACUAACUUUUGCAAUAUCUCUUCAGAAUCUCCCAAAAGAACGGUAUUAUCAGCAGAAAGUAACUGUCAACUCCCAUUUUGUAUUUGAAUCUACAUAAUUUAAUCCCACCCCUCUCACCAACACCCUAGCAUUUACUUCCUUUACAUCUCCAUCUGUAAAUAUAUUAUACAUCCUCUUCUUUUAUAUACACUUGAAAGUGAAAAAAGGCUGUGUUUCACAUUACAACAAUUUUCGCUUUACAGCAGUAGCCCAGAACCUAACCUACCCUAUCAGUGGGCCCUGCCUGUGUACAGUAUAUAAUACAUGUAUGAUGCUAUAGUGUAGAAGUACAUUAAUAAUCUAGCAACUCAAGUUGUGAAUAACAUAUUUAUGUGAUAUAUUACAGGAAUCAUCCUGCAAUAUAUGGGGUAGAUGAAUAUGCAUAAUUAAUGUAUGUAUUUCAGUUUUUAUGUAUGCAAAACAUUUAAUGUUUAACACACAAAGUUUUCACCCAUCCAGUUUCAUAUACAGUAUGUUACAGCUGUAAGGUAUUGCCAAAAAUUUUCUUUUGUACCGUAUUACAGCAUACAUUCUGAAAAUUUUAAUUGUUAUAUAAUUAUUGCCUAGUAGUUUAGAAAAAGAAUGAGAUUUAAACUUUUUUGUGUAUACUAUAUAUUUGUUACGUUCAGGAGUAAAAACAUGUGAAUUCGAUUCAAACUCAUGAAUUAGUAACUGAACUAUAAAAUGUGGAGCUUUCCAGAUUACAGGUAAACGGCACAGGGAAGAGCUUUAAGUUAUCAAUAGAAAGAAUAGUGUAAUGUUAUGUAAACCAGUGAAAUGGGUUAUAAUUUGUAAGAGAUUGGUAUCAAAGAGGCAAAAGCUGUAAAGAAAAACUGACUGAACUUCUUAUGCAUCCAAAGGUGUUAUCGCAUGACCAGAGGAACAUAGAUUGAGAGCAGUCAAAAUCAUGAGAUACAUAUCACCAGGUAAUAAGCAUGUUAACCAGCCUUUGACGGAAUGAACCAAGAUGAGAGGAUACAGAAACUGAGCACUCAAAUCAACCAUAUACAGGUACUCCUCACUUAACGACUGAGUUCCAUUCCUAACAGUAGAUUGGUAAGCAAAUUGGUUGUUAAGCGAGGAGCUGCCCCUUACUGAUAGUUUAAGCAUACUGUACUGGUAGUGGGUUUGUGUCAACCAUCUUUAGAUAUUGUUUUAAUGUCGCCUUUGCACCAUUUAUAACAUUUUUAGUAUACGUAUUAAAAAUAGAAGUAGGUAUUAAAAACAACAAAAAAGUAAAAUGCACAUACUGUAUGCUGGUCAGAGAGCUGGACAUAAGUCUGAGCAAUAGUUAAACAAGUAGGUCAUUAAGUAAGGAAUACCUGUAUUUUUUAACUUCACCCCUUAACUGUCUAAACAUAAAUCUAUGUUGUUACCGCUAGCGCUCCAAACGUAGAUCAAUGUUUUAUUUUUCCUGCCUCCACAUUUGGCACGAUUGGCCUGAGAUGCCUCAUCAGGACAGAAUGGGUCUUAAUACUUGUUUUUUUUUUUUCAACAAGUCGGUCGUCUCCCACCGAGGCAGGGUGACCCAAAAAAAGAAAGAAAAUCCCCUAAAAGAAAAUACUUUCAUCAUUCAACACUUUCACCAUGCUCACACAUUAUCACUGUUUUUGCAGAGGUGCUCAGAAUACAACAGUUUAGAAGCAUAUACGUAUAAAGAUACACAACAUAUCCCUCCAAACUGCCAAUAUCCCAAACCCCUCCUAUAAAGUGCAGGCAUUGUACUUCCCAUUUCCAGGACUCAAGUCUGACUGUAUGAAAAUAACCGGUUUCCCUGAAUCCCUUCACUAAAUAUUACCCUGCUCGCACUUCAACAGAUCGUCAGGUCCCAAGUACCAUUCGUCUCCAUUCACUCCUAUCUAACAUGCUCACGCAUGCUUACUGGAAGUCCAAGUCCCUCGCCCACAAAACCUCCUUUACCCCCUCUCUUCAACCCUUUCAAGGACGACCCCUACCCCUCCUUCCUUCCAUUAUAGAUUUAUAUGCUUUCCAUGUCAUUCUACUUUGAUCCAUUCUCUCUAAAUGACCAAACCACCUCAACAACCCCUCUUCUGCCCUCUGACUAAUACUUUUAUUAACUCCACACCUUUUCCUAAUUUCCACACUCUGAAUUUUCUGCAUAAUAUUUACACCACACAUUGCCCUUAGGACAUCUCCACUGCCUCCAACCGUCUCCUCGCUGCUGCAUUUACCACCCAAGCUUCACACCCAUAUAAGAGUGUUGGUACUACUAUACUUUCAUACAUUCCCUUCUUUGCCUCCAUAGAUAACGUUUUUUGACUCCACAUAUACCUCAAUGCACCACUCACCUUUUUUCCCUCAUCAAUUCUUUGAUUAACCUCAUCCUUCAUAAAUCCAUCCGCCGACACGUCAACUCCCAAGUAUCUGAAAACAUUCACUUCUUCCAUACUACUCCUCCCCAAUUUGAUAUCCAAUUUUUCUUUAUCUAAAUCAUUUGAUACCCUCAUCACCUUACUCUUUUCUAUGUUCACUUUCAACUUUCUACCUUUACACACAUUCCCAAACUCAUCCACUAACCUUUGCAAUUUUUCUUUAGAAUCUCCCAUAAGCACAGUAUCAUCAGCAAAAAGUAACUGUGUUAAUUCCCAUUUUGAAUUUGAUUCCCCAUAAUUUAGUCCCACCCCUCUCCCAAACACCCUAGCAUUUACUUCUUUUACAACCCCAUCUAUAAAUAUAUUAAACAACCAUGGUGACAUUACACAUCCCUGUCUAAGACCUACUUUUACCGGGAAGUAUUCUCCCUCUCUUCUACACACCCUAACCUGAGCCUCACUAUCCUCAUAAAAACUCUUUACAGCAUUUAGUAACUUACCUAUUCCAUAUACUUGCAACAUCUGCCACAUUGCUCCCCUAUCCACUCUAUCAUAUGCCUUUUCUAAAUCCAUAAAUGUAAUAAAAACUUCCCUACCUUUAUCUAAAUACUGUUCACAUAUAUGCUUCAAUGUAAACACUUGAUCUACACAUCCCCUACCCACUCUGAAACCUCCUUGCUCAUCCGCAAUCCUACAUUCUGCCUUACCUCUAAUUCUUUCAAUUAUAACCCUACCGUACACUUUUCCUGGUAUACUCAAUAAACUUAUUCCUUUAUAAUUUUUACAAUCUCUUUUGUCCCCUUUCCCUUUAUAUAAAGGGACUAUACAUGCUCUCUGCCAAUCCCUAGGUACCUUCCCCUCUUUCAUACAUUUAUUAAACAAAAGUACCAACCACUCCAACACUAUAUCCCUUCUCCUUUUAACAUUUCUGUCAUGAUCCCAUCAGUUCCAGCUGCUUUACCCCCUUUCAUUCUAUGUAAUGCCUCGCGUACCUCCCCCACACUUACAUUCUGCUCUUCUUCACUCCUAAAAGAUGGUAUACCUCCUUGACCAGUGCAUGAAAUUACCGCCUCCCUUUCUUCCUCAACAUUUAAAAGUUCCUCAAAAUAUUCUCACCAUCUACCUAAUACCUCCCUCUCCCCAUCUACUAACUCCCCUACUCUGUUUUUAACUGACAAAUCCAUACUUUCCCUAGGCUUUCUUAACUUGUUUAACUCACUCCAAAAUUUUUUCUUAUUUUCAUUAAAAUUUCUUGACAGUGCCUCUCCCACUCUAUCAUCUGCUCUCCUUUUGCACUCUCUCACCACUCUCUUCACCUUUCUUUUACUCUCCAUAUACUCUGCUUUUCUUAUAAUGCUUCUGCUUUGUAAAAACCUCUCAAAAGCUAACUUUUUCUCUUUUAUCACACCCUUUACUUCAUCAUUCCACCAAUCACUCCUCUUUCCACCUGCCCCCACCCUCCUAUAACCACAAACUUCUGCCCCACAUUCUAAUACUGUAUUUUUAAAACUAUUCCAACCCUCUUCAACCCCCCCACUACUCAUCUUUGCACUAGCACACCUUUCUGCCAACAGUCGCUUAUAUCUCCCCUGAACUUCCUCCUCCUCCCUUAGUUUAUACACUUUCACCUCCCUCUUAAUAAUAUAUAAUAAUAUAUAAAUGUUACAUCCUACCUAAUAAUAUAACUAAGUCAAAUAAUAAUAUAAAGCAAUAUAUUUAUGAUUUAGCUAAUAUCGCAAAUAUAAGCAAUAUAAAAUUAUAUAUACAGGUAAUAUACAUUAUAUACAUUGUGACCCAUUCAGGGGUAGCAAUAAUCGACAACACUUCUGCAAGUGGCAGGAAUCCAUGUUGCCAUCACAUGAGCAUCCAGUGCCAAUUUUGCAAUCUUAUAUCUCAGUAAGUACUGGCCCUAAAUUUUUUUUUUAUCUUAUUACAUGUAGAAAAAUGCCCUCUGUAUUUUAAUAUUUUUUUUUUUUUCCAAAAUAUUUGGAGCGCUGGGCGAGAGAACGUAGAUCUAUGUUUGGACAGUUAAGGGAUUAAUGGCUGUCUUCUGCCAAGGAAGGGUUACCCCCCCCCAAAUUUUUUUUUUUUUUUUUUAACAAAGCAGCAGUCUCCCACCGAGGCAGAGUGACCCAAAAAGAAAGAAAAUCCCCAAAAAGAAAAUACUUUCAUCUUCAUUCAACACUUUCACCUCACUCAUACAUAAUCACUGUUUUUGCAGAGGUGCUCAGAAUACAACAGUUUAGAAGCAUACAUGUAUAAAGAUAUACAACAUAUCCCUCCUUUAACCCUUUGACUGUUUCCGACGUAUAAAUACGUCUUACGAGCCAAUGUUUCUGACGUAUUUAUACGCAUAAAUUCUAGCAGCUUCAAAUCAAGCAGGAGAAAGCUGGUAGGCCCACAUGUGAGAGAAUGGGUCUCCAUGGUCAGUGUGCACCAUAUAAAAAAAAUCGGGGAGCCAGUGGUGCAUUGUGGGAAUGCCAUUUCAGUUGUCCUUUUUCAGUAUGUCUAGCGGUAAGAAAUACAUAUGUGAUUCUCCAGCAAAUCUGGGACUCUUCUCUUCCCAAGUGAUGCUCUAACACAGAUGGAAGUGUCAGUGAAGAUCAAUUUCAUGAUUUGGAGGAGUUUGAGACCAAAAGCAAUGGAGGAGGAGGAGGGGGAGGAAGAGGAGGACGAGGAGGAGGACGAGGAGGGGAGGAAGAGGAGGAGGAGGAGGAGGAGGAGGAGAAGAGGAGGAGGAGGAGGAAGAAGAAGAAGAAGAUGUAAUAAUAUUGUUCCCUUGAAGCAAGUAAAAAAAAGUCCACCCCAUGACAGUGACAAGAUAAGGGGAGAUAACAUCUGAUAAGAGCUGACUUUGAUGAGCGUAAACGAGGGUAGAGCUGAUAAGGAAAUAUUACAUGACCAUUGCCCUCCCUUUGUUUUUGCUGGUACACAAACAUUUCUGUCUGUCUAUUUGUCUGUCAAGCUCCCUGUCUGUCCAUCUAGCUCUCUGUCUCAGAGAGAGCCACAAGACUGUGUCAUCACGUUUACUCACAUCUUCAAGCAGAGUAUAGCACUUUGUCUGGAUUUCUUGGGUUAUCCUAGGUAAUUUACACUAUGUAUACUUGUAUUUAUGUGUACCUGUGAGACAGAGAUAGGCAGACAGAUAGAAAGAGAGACAGAUUGAAAGAUAUAGAAUGAGGGAGAAAGAUAAUUAGAUAGAAUGGAGGAGGGGAAGCAGCAUCCGACCCCAUUGUUUUGACAAGCGGGAGGGGGAAAAAUAAUCUUAACAUUUUAAUAAGAAAAAAUAAUUUUUUUUUUGAAUAUUUGGCGACAUAGAAUGACAGUUUCAGAGAGGGGCCUGAAACAGUCAAAGGGUUAAAGUGCAGGCAUUGUACUUCCCAUUUCCAGGACUCAAGUCCGGCUACAUAAAAAUAACCGGUUUCUCUGAAUCCCUUCACUAAAUAUUACCCUGCUCACACUCCAACAGCUCAUCAGGUCCCAAAUUCCAUUUGUCUCCAUUCACUCCUAUCUAACACACUCACACACGCUGGAAAUCCAAGCCCCUUGCCCACAAAACCUCCUUUACCCCCUCCCUCCAACCUUUUCGAGGAUGACCCCUACCCUGCCUUCCUUCCCCUACAGAUUUAUUCGCUCUCCAUGUCAUUCUACUUUGAUCCAGUCUCUCUAAAUGGCUAAACCAUGUCAACAACCCCUCUUCAGCCUUCUGACUAAUACUUUUAUAAACUCCACACCUUCUCCUACUGUCCACACUCCAAAUUUUCUGCAUAAUAUUUACACUACACAUUGCUCUUAGACAGGACAUCUCCACUGCCUCCAACCAUCUCCUCGCUGCAGCAUUUACAACCCAAGCUUUGCACCCAUAUAAGAGUGUUGGUACCUGGAGUUUACCUGGAGAGAGUUCUGGGGGUAAACGCCCCCACGGCCCAGUCUGUGACCAGGCCUUAUGGUGGAUCAGGACCCAGGACCUGAUCAACCAGGCUGUUACUGCUGGCUGCAUGCAAUCCAACGUACGAGCCACAGCCCGGCUGGUCAGGUACCGACUUUAGGUGCUUGUCCAGUGCCUGCUUGAAGACAGUUAGGGGUCUAUUGGUAAUCCCCCUUAUGUAUGCUGGGAGGCAGUUGAACAGUCUUGGGCCCCUGACACUUAGUGUGUUGUCUCUUAACGUGCUAAUGAAACCCUUGCUUUUCAUUGGGGGGAUGUUGCAUCGUCUGCCGAGUCUUAUGCUUUCGUAAUGAGUGAUUUUCGUUUGCAAGUUCAGUACUAGUCCCUCUAGGAUUUUCCAGGUGUAUAUAAUCAUGUAUCUCUUCCACCUGCGUUCCAGGGAGUACAGGUUCAGGAACUUCAAGCGCUCCCAGUAAUUGAGGUGUUUUAUCUCCGUUAUGCGUGCCGUGAAGGUUCUCUGUACAUUUUCUAGGUCAGCAAUUUCACCUGCCUUGAAAGGUGCUGUUAGUGUGCAGCAAUAUUCCAGCCUAGAUAGAACAUGCGACCUGAAGAGUGUCAUCAUGGGCUUGGCAUCCCUAGUUUUGAAGGUUCUCAUUAACCAUCCUGUCACUUUUCUAGCAGAUGCAAUUGAUACAGUGUUAUGGUCCUUGAAGGUGAGAUCCUCUGACAUGAUCACUCCCAUGUCUUUGACAUUAGUUUUUCGCUCUAUUGUGUGGCUGGAAUUUGUUUUAUACUCUGAUGAAGUUUUAAUUUCCUCAUGUUUACCAUAUCAGAGUAAUUGAAAUUUCUCAUCAUUGAACUUCAUAUUGUUUUCUGCAGCCCAUUGAAAGAUUUGGUUGAUGUCCACCUGGAGCCUUGCAGUGUCUGCAAUGGAAGACACUGUCAUGCAGAUUUGGGUGUCAUCUGCAAAGGAAGACACAGUACUGUGGCUGACAUCCUUGUCUAUGUCAGAUAUGAGGAUGAGAAACAAGAUGGGAGUGAGUACUGUGCCUUGCGGAACAGAGCUUUUCACCGUAGCUGCCUCAGACUUUACUCUGUUGACUAUUACUCUUUGUGUUCUGUUUGUGAGGAAAUUAUAGAUCCAUCUACGAACUACUACUAUAUAUACUUUCAUACAUUCCCUUCUUUGCCUCCAUAGAUAACAUUUUUGUCUCCACAUAUACCCCAAUGCACCACUAACCUUUUUUCUUUCAUCAAUUCUGUGGUUAACCUCAUCCUUCAUAAAUCCAUCUGCUGACACAUCAACUCCCAAAUAUCUGAAAACAUUCAUUUCAUCCAUACUCCUUUCCAAUUUGAUAUCCAGUUUUUCUUUAUCUAAAUCAUUUGAUACCCUCAUCACCUUACUCUUUUCUAUGUUCACUUUCAACUUUCUACCUUUACACACACUCCCAAGCUCGUCCACUAACCUUUGCAAUUUUUCUUUAGAAUCUCCCAUAAGCACAGUAUUAUCAGCAAAAAGCAACUGUGUCAAUUCCCAUUUUGCAUUUGAGUCUCCUUAAUUUAAUCCCAUCCCUCUCCCGAACACCCUAGCAGCUACCUUUACAACCCCAUCUAUAAAUAUAUUAACCAUGGUGACAUUACAUAUCCCUGUCUAAGACCUACUUUUACCAGGAAGUAGUCUCCCUCUCUUCUACACAUCCUAAACUGAGACUCACUAUCCUCAAAAAUUCUUUACAGCAUUUAGGAACUUACUACCUAUUCCAUAUACAGUGGACCCUCUAGUUAAGAACCACUCCCAACAUGACAAAUUAUGUAAGUGUAUUUUUGUAAGUGCUUUUGUAAGUAUAUUUUCGGGGGUCUGAUACAGAUUAAUCUAUUUUACAUUAUUCCUGAUGAGAAGAAAUUCGUUCAGUAACAGCACUUGACCAGCCGUCUGGAACGAAAAAAGUUUGUAACUCGAGGGGAUCACUGUACUUGCAACAUCUGCCACAUUGCUCCCCUAUCCACUCUAUCAUAUGCCUUUUCUAAAUCCAUAAAUGCAAUGAAAACAUCUCUACCUUUAUCUAAAUACUGUUGACAUAUAUGCUUCAAUGUAAACACUUGAUCUGCACAUCCCCUACCCACUCUAAAACCUCCUUGCUCAUCCGCAAUCCUGCAUUCUGUCUUACCUCUAAUUCUUUCAAUAAUAACCCUACCAUACACUUUGGCUGGUAUACUCAGUAAAUUAAUUCCUCUAUAAUUUUUACAAUCUCUUUUGUCCCCCUUCCCUUUAUAUAAAGGAACUCUACAUGCUCUCUGCCAAUUCCUAGGUACCUUCCCCUCUUUCAUACAUUUAUUAAACAAAAAUAUCAACCACUCAUGACACUAUAUCCCCUCCUGCUUUUAACAUUUCUGUCAUGAUCCUGUCAGUUCCAGCUGCUUUAUUCCCUUUCAUUUUAUGUAAUGCCUCACGCACCUCCCCCACACUCACAUCCUGCUCUUCUUCACCCCUAAAAGAUGGUAUUCCUCCCUGGCCAAUGCAUGAAAUUACCACCUCCCUUUCUUCAUCGACAUUUAAAAGUUCCUCAAAAUAUUCCCACCAUCUACCCAAUACCUCCAUCUCCCCAUCUACUAACUCCCCUUCUCUGUUUUUUACUGACAAAUCCAUUCAUUCCCAAAGCUUUCUUAACUUGUUUAAUUCACUCCAAAUUUUUUUCUUAUUUUCAUCAAAAUUUCUUGACAGUGCCUCUCCCACUCUACUAUCUGCUCUCCUUUUGCACUCUCUUACCACUCUCUUCACCUUUCUUUUACUCUCCAUAUACUCUGCUCUUCUUAUAACACUUCUGCUUUGUAAAAACCUCCAUAAGCUACCUUUUUCUCUUUUAUUACACCCUUUACUUCAUCAUUCCACCAAUCACUCCUCUUUCCUCCUGCACCCACCCUCCUAUUACCACAAACAUCUUCACCACAUUCUAAUACUGAAUUUUUAAAACUAUUCCAACCCUCUUCAACCCCCCCCCCCCCCACUACUCAUACUUGCACUAGCCCACCUUUCUGCCAAUAGUUGCUAAUAUCUCACCCAAACUUCCUCCUCCAUUAGUUUAUACACUUUCACCUCUCUGUUACAUGUUGUUGUCAUUUUCCUCUUGUCCCAUCUACCUCUUACUCUAACUGUAGCUACAACUAAAUAAUGAUCCGAUAUACUACUUUCAUUACGUGCUAUAUCAUACCUUAUAUAUUUAUUUAUCCUCUUUUUCAUAAAAUAUGUAUUACUUAUUACCAAACCUCUUUCUACACAUAGCUCAAUUAACCCUUUGAGGGUCGACAGGUCCUCUCAGAGACUCGUUCUCAGGGUCAGCCAAAUUUCAAAAAAAAAAAAUUAUUUUUUCUUAUGAAAAUGUAGAGUUGUUUUUUUUUUAAUAUUAUAGGCUAAACAAAAAUUUUUUA